CGGGUUCAUGGGUGAAAGGGAAGCUUGUAUGGAAACGUGUUGGUCUCUUCCAAUUUUUUCAUACUCCAUAAUGUCUUAUGUUUUCGUGCCGUAGUUACUCGUUGUUAUAUACGUUUUCUUCUUGAAGUGACAUAUUACAAUAAAAUUAACACAUCUGGAAGGAAAGUUAUACUCCGAUAGAACUGUGAGGUUUUGAAAAAUCACUUAAAAAAUGUCUGCUGAAGAGGAGGAUAAAGCGAUGGUGACGGAUGAUACGGUUACAGCCGGUGACGAAGAAGAAGAAUGGCUUUAUGGGGAUGAAAAUGAAAAUAAACAAGAGGAGGAAUCUGCUCCUGUCACCACCAGUACAGUUGUCACACCUGCUAAGGAGGAAGCCACUGGAAAUGGGGAAGUGAAACAGGAUGCGGUUGAAGAGGAAGAAGAUGCUGAUAGUGACAGUGAUGAUGACGAUGAUGAUGUUCGUGUUACUAUUGGGGAUAUUAAAACUGGUGCACCUCAAUAUGCAGCGUAUGGUGGAACACCAGUAAAUUUAAAUAUUAAGUCAACUGGGAGACCGUAUGGUUCAGUGGGAAAUAAAGCUAAAGGAGUUGAUCUCGAUGCUCCUGGAAAUAUCAAUGGUGUUCCAGUCAUUGAAAUGGACUUGGAUUCUUUUGAAGACAAGCCUUGGAGGAAACCAGGUGCUGACUUGUCUGAUUACUUCAACUAUGGAUUUAAUGAAGAUACAUGGAAAGCCUACUGUGAAAAGCAAAAACGACUAAGAUUGGGUCUUGAAGUUGUAUCUUCUUCCUCUGGAACCAGCAAAAUUAUGGUACAACAGGGCAGAACUGGAAAUUCUGAAAAGGAAGUUGUUGUGUCAACAGCAAAGGGUGACUUUACUUCUCCUAGCAAUGUCUUUAAAUCAACUAAUCCAACAUCCAGGAUAUCGCCCACUCAUUGGACAGGAGCUCAAUCUCAAGAUUUGUCAUUUUAUUCAAAAGUUUCUGCAGCAAUUGACGUGAUUGGUGGGCAGACAGAUGCCAUCAGCCGUGUGGUGGGAAGACGCCGUCAUAAUGAUAGCAAUAACAUUCAGGUCAUUUCUGAACAUUCUGCCUCAGAUGCAGAGCCAUCAUCUACAAAGCUGCCUCCAUUCUUUCCUCCUGGUCCACUGCCUCCCAAUAUCCCUCCACCUCCAUUCUUACCCCCGCCACCCAAUGUCAGCAGUGCACCACCUCUGAUUCCUCCUCCAAGACUCCCAAUUACUGUUCCUCCUCCAGGAUUUCCGCCACCACCGGGAGGUCCACCACCUUCUCUUAUUCCAACUUUGGAUGGCGGGCAUGCUGGGAACUAUGAUGGUCGCAACCUUCCACCUUAUCCAUUUAGUGGCGGAUAUCCACAUCUCCCAGGAAAUAUAACAUCUUGGUCUAAUAUAAUUGAUAACUCAAAACAAUGGGACUACUAUUCAAGAAGAGACAAGGAGCGAGAAAGAGAUAAGGAAAGGGACCGUGAGAGGCCCAGAGAAAGAGGCCAUGAUAGAGAAAGAGAGCGGGAAAGGGAACGUGAGCGGGAACGAGAUCAUAGUCCUUCUUCCAUGGUAUACAACAGUGAUGAAGAGCGGUUUAGAUACAGAGAGUAUUCAGAGAGAAGCUAUGAGAGGCAUAGGGAAAGAGGCAGCAGGGAAAAAGAGGAUCGACACAGAGAAAGAAGGCACCGGGAUAAAGAGGAGAGCAGUCGGCACAAAUCUUCACGAAGCAGCAGUAGGCGGCGUCAUGAUAGUGAAGAAGGCGGUGAAGGCCAUCGAAGACACAAGCACAAAAAAUCCAAAAGAAGCAAAGAAGGAAAGGAAGCUAAUGAUGAACAUGCAACUGAACAGGAGAGCACAGAAGCUGGGGCCUUGGAAUAAAUGGAUAGUGUUCCACGAUGUUGAAGUAACCGGAAUUCUUUAUAAGUGCCAGCUAGUUUCUUAUUCUUUAAUGUUCUCUGCAAUAUACUAAAUUGUAUAAAUAGAUUGUUUGUUGUUUGGUGCAUUAAGCACUAAGAUGUUAAUUUGUUGAAUAAAAAAAAGCAAGUUUUGAAUUUUUGAUAA